CAUUUCUCAUUAGAAGAUGACAUUCAAGAGGGCUUUAGUACUUCUGGGCAUUAUCACAUUGCUCAGCCCCAGGCUCAUUCAGGCACAUGACUUCUUUGCUCUCAUCCAUCCCCCAAUCCCUGAUCUACACACACGACUAGCCAUCAGGGCUAGAACAGAAUUGAGACUGUCCACCCUGCGCAUGGUCAAUGCCAUCCCAGCCUGGAGCCCUUACCUGAAAGCCUCCUCCCUGAGGCUAAGAGGAGCUAUUGCUUUCCCCACACUGUUCCACCAAACCUAUUCCCCCAUCAUCUGGGCUGACACCUCCCUGGGCUGAGAACAGCCAAGGCACUGCUCUUCCACAGCAUGGGAUCCUGGGAUGUCCUGGAAUGACUAUCCCACAAUGACUAUCCCUUCCACGGAUUUGUAACUGAUCCUCAAUUAGUAUGUCCUUUGAGAGGCAAAAAGUGAUCAAAGCAAAGUCCCUUCCCCCACUCCCCCGGAUUGAAAUGCUCUUCUGACGCACUACAGAUUCGAGCCAGAACUCCCGAGGAUCCCCGUGGUCAUGUCAGACCCGUACACUGACGCCAGGCCGUCUAAACGGCACCCCUUAACCGCAGCAGCGCCGGUGUGAACAGACCCUGCCCUGGGCUCGGACCCUUCGGAGCUGGCAUCGCUGCAGACACGUGCUCCGGGAACCCGAACCGCAGGGAGAGACAUUCACCCCACCACCCCCUUUGGGAAUCUCCCAUGCGCAGGUGUCCUGGAGGCGGGCGGGGCGCUUCGUGGCCGGCCAACUCGGCCCGUUUCCUCCCCGGGAAGGCGCAGAUUCCGCCGCCCCCCGGUCUCGCAGCACCAGCUCUCCACGGACCCCCGCCCCAGAGCAGACGUCACGAGUGCUGGAGCCUCCCCAUCCCCACUCACCCAGCGCGUGUCUCUCGCCUCCGUGCCGGCCCAGCCACUGCAGACCCGGCGUCGGCUGCUGCUCCCCCAGGCAGUGCCACAGCCCCAGGGCCUGUCAGCAAUGUUGCAGUGCAGACAUGCUCAGGAAUUCAGCUUUGGGCCUCGAGCUCUGAAGGAUGCACUCAUCUCUACUAACCCUGCCCUCCAGGAGCUCUAUGCCAGAGCCUUCUCCAGCGCAGAGAAACUUUUCCUUUCUGAAGCAUACAAUCCCCAGAGGACACUCUUCUGUACUCUAUUGAUCAGGACUGCCUUCGACUGGCUCCUCAGCCACCCUGAUGCCCCUGAGGACUUCGAGACCUUCUAUCACUCCAUGUUAACGAAGAAGCAGAGUUUCUGCCAGAAGCACAUAUACCUGCAGCCUAUAGAUCUAAUUGAAGAGCCUGCUGGGAUCUGGCUGCUGGAUUCCCUCAGAAGUUGCCUAGAGUCUUUCUUCUUGGGCCUUCAUGUCAAGUGCCUUCCCUCUGUUCCCAUUUCCUCCAUCCACUGCUGCUAUCGACAGAGCCAGGAUUCAGACAGAGCGCAACUCCAUGCAGAUGGGAUCCUAACCUUCUUGAAGAACAACAAGCCUCCAGAUGCCCUGUGCGUCCUUGGACUCACUCUCUUGGACCUGUACCCUUGUGAGACCUGGAGCUUCACCUUUGGCAAAUUCCUGCCAGGACAAGAAGUGGGCGUCUGCAGCUUUGCCAGAUUUUCUGGCAGUUUCCCCCAGCCAGGCUGCACCACCUUAAAUCCAGCUACCGGGCGAGAGGAACUGCGUGAGGUCACCGAGAAGGCCCGAGACCGGCCGUUGCUGUUCAAUGUGCUGGAGAUGGUUCAGUGUUGCAAGGUUACGUGUCAUGAGAUCUGCCACCUGAUUGGCCUGGGGAACUGCAGAUGGCUACAGUGCAUCAUGCAGGGCGCGCUGAGUUUGGAUGAAGCAUUAUUGCGGCCCCUCGAGCCCUGCCCAGUUUGCCUCAGGAAACUGCAAUACGUUGCGGGCUUCAAACUCAUCGAGCGCUACAGGAAACUCUAUGCUUGGAUACAAACUGUAUUGUCUACCUGGCCUAGUCAAGAAUCAGACCUAUCAACAUCUGAGGACCUCCUGCCAUUCAGCUCAGACUCUGGGAUGUGCUGUGAGAAUGACUCUGAGCCUUUAACUUCCCUGUCUGAGCCAUUGACACCAGACACGUGCAGCCAAGCCGUUUCCAUUGGGCAGGAGCUGGAGCACGACCAGCAGUGUGUUUCUCCGGCUGACACGCACAGCCAGCCGCAGCUGGGCAGGACCACCAAGUCCACAGAUAUCAUUAAAGAUUACGAACUAUGGCUGGAAACAUGCAUCGCUGCCCUGGAGAAGAAAGUCUCUGAGGAGGAGCUGGCUCAAGUGGACAAAACCGUGGAUGCCCUGGCUAAGUGGGAAAUGUUUACAGGGCAGCUCCCCACCAUGAGGAAGGAUCUGCCCUUCCCCAGAGACAACGCAGGGCUCAGGAAAGUCCUGGGAGACAAAUUCUCCUCCUUGCGGAGGAAACUAAAUUAUAGAAAACUGUCCAAAGCUGAAUCUUCCCCUCAUCGCUGGAGUUGGGAGGAAAACUAGUGCUUGGUCUGACUUGUCCUUCGGCAGUCAUUGCUCCUUUCUGGGAAAAGCAAGCUCAGCUCAUCAUUCUGAUUUAAAGUUUGUUACAAUUGCCAUGCCUUUGAUCCUUCUCACCAGAAGUUACUGUCUGGCUGAGAAGGAAACAGGA